GGCAGCAUCUACUGCACCGAGUUCGGCUACUUCCCGGACCCUUACGACUGCACCGUCUACCACAUCUGCCUCGCCGCCAACGUCCAGUCCACGCCGUACCAGUGCGCGGACGGCUACGCCUACAAUCCUCUCACGAGUGAGUGCAGCUUCCGGACGACGGACUCCGUCUGCACGGAUGGCCCCGUCCCUGCCUGCAUAAGUGCGGGUCAGACUGGAGCACUGGACACCGAUCCUAGCAUGUACUACGUCUGCACGGCAGAUGCUAACGGAGUACUCACUCCCCUGCUCUACAAGUGCCACAACGGAAAGGUUUAUGACCCUGAAACUUAUAGCUGUGUCGACCCCACAUCUAGCCCAGGACAGGAGACUACUGCGACCACAAGCACCGGCACGAGCACAGUCACCACCACCACCCCCAGCACGCCCAUCCCAGGAACUUUCUGCUCGCCGCCGCUGGCCAGGCUCCCCGACCCGGACGACUGCACGCGCUACUACGAGUGCAGCGAGCACUGGACGUGGGUGCACGGCGCCUGCACGUGGGGCACCUACUACAACCCGGUGCACCAGCAGUGCGAGCUCGGCUUCUGCUGA